AUGGUCCAGUGUGACAAAACCAAUAGACGCAAGACGCUCGACGAAUUCGCGCUCGAGGCGGAAGGGAACGAGGAGGAGGCGAGCCUCUCGCUUUUUGAUUUACUCUGCAUCGGCAUCGGCGGCACGGUCGGCAGCGGCGUCUUCGUGCUCACGGGCGAAGUCUACCCCGUCGCGGGCCCGUCGUCGGCGCUCUGCUGGAUGAUAGCGGGCGGCGUCUGCCUCCUCUCCGCGUUCUCGUACAUGGAGCUGUCGGCGGCGAUACAGUACGUGCAGUGGAUAUCGACGCAUCUUUUGUUUUUGCGAGACAGAUGCGGCGCGUAUUGAUCGAUGCAGGUGCCGACAUCAACGCGCGAAAUCGCAGGAAUGAAACCCCACUCAUAAGUGCGAUUCAAUUUGUUUGUGCGGGACAAGACAGGCCAAACCGACAUCGCGUGGCUCUGGUCUCCGAGCUACUCAGAGCAGGCGCGUCUCUGGAUAUUCGAAUUGAUACAGGCCCUUACGGCAUUUUUGACUCGGUCGACGACCUAGUACGAGCUAUCGAACGCGAAAUCGAUGGGUUGCGCGAUAACAGGGACUGGGUCGCGAUCCGCUCUCUCAUCGAGGGCGUCCGCGCGGCGGGAGGGACGUGGGCCGCCUACGCACGUCUUCCUCGCCGGCGUGUUUUAAGACUUCGGAGCUUGGUAGCCCGCGGUCGCGCGAGGACGGCCGACCCGAUCCUCGAGCCCGUCUUCCGCCUCCCGAACGAAAUGUGCUGGCACGUGCUCAAGUUCUGGCGCGCGACGUGUGCCACCACCGGCGAAGUCCUAUAA